ACCCUAACGGUCCCUUGGCCCCAGUCCCACAAGAUUUCAGAGGGAGUAAAUCACGGUUAAUGCUCGGCAGGAUAGAUGACUAGGGGUCGAAGGAAUUUUUAGUAUAGCAGACCAGAGUUUUAUCCCGAAGUGCAACUGACGAUCUUUGACUCUACGAUUUUAGUGGCAAGCUACAUGCACUUAACCAGCUGAUCCAGUCCGUGGUGGCAUGUCUCGAGGGAGUGAGAGAGAGAGUGAGAGGAUGGGCAGCGGCGAAGGCGGCGUGGUCAAGGACGUCGGGUCAAAGGCGAAGCUUGACGAGGCACUCCGUGGGGCGGCGCCGGUGGUCCUGUACUUCUGGGCGUCGUGGUGCGAAGCAUCGAAGCAGAUGGGUCAAGUUUUCAGCCAUCUCGCCGGAGACUUCCCUCACGCUCUUUUCUUUAGGGUCGAAGCUGAAGAGCACCCAGAAAUUUCUGAGACUUACUCUGUUUCAGCUGUGCCAUAUUUUGUAUUCUGUAAGGAUAGUAGAAGUAUCGAUGCACUUGAAGGUGCAAACCCAACUGUUUUAGCUAACAAGGUAGCAAAACAUGUUGGACCUGCUAGUUCUGUAGAAUCUGCUUCACCUGUAAGCCUAGGGACUGCUGACCCUACAAUUCUGGAAGCUGCGAAAAACAUGGCGACACAAAGUAUCUCUUCCAAAACUGAAGAAUUGAACUCUGGGCUCAGUGAUGGAUUGAGAAAGCGUCUGCAGCAGCUUGUUGAGUCAUUCCCUGUAUUCUUAUUUAUGAAAGGAAGUCCAGAGCAACCUAAGUGUGGAUUCAGUCAAAAGGUGGUUAAUCUAUUGAAGGAUGAGGGUGUUGAAUUCAGAAGCUUUGACAUCCUUUUGGACAAUGAGGUACGUGAAGCAAUGAAGAAGUUUUCCAAUUGGCCUACUUUCCCUCAGCUCUUUUGCAAGGGUGAUCUUCUUGGUGGGUAUGAUAUUGUAGUUGCUAUGCAUGAAAGUGGCGAGUUAAAAGAUGUGUUCAAGGACCAUGGAAUUCCUAUCAUCUCUAAUGAAACCAAAAUUGCAAAAGAUUCAGAAGGUCCUAUACCAGAAAUGAGAGGCGGCAUUACUGAAUCCACAGGCCUUCACGUUGAAAUAGUUUAUCGGCUUCAAACUCUUAUAAAUUCCACCCCUGUGAUGUUAUUUAUGAAAGGAAAACCAGAGGAACCUAAGUGUGGCUUCAGUCACAAGGUUGUUGAAAUCCUUCUGCAAGAGAAGGUUGCUUUUAACAGUUUUGAUGUUUUAUCCGACGAUGAAGUGAGGCAGGGUCUGAAAGCUUUUUCUAAUUGGUCGAGCUAUCCACAACUAUAUAUAGGAGGUGAACUGAUUGGAGGAUCUGAUAUUGUGUUGGAGAUGCAGAAGAAUGGGGAGUUAAAGAAGGUUUUAGCUGAAAAGGGUGUGGCUACAAAUGUUACACUUGAGGAUAGGCUGAAAAGCUUGAUCACCUCAGCACCAGUGAUGCUUUUCAUGAAGGGAACGCCUGAUGCACCUCGUUGUGGUUUCAGCUCAAAAGUUGUUAAUGCCCUUCGGGAAGAAGAAAUCAGUUUUGAAUCCUUUGAUAUCCUCUCUAAUGAAGAAGUAAGACAGGGUUUGAAAACCUAUUCUAACUGGCCAACCUAUCCUCAGCUUUACUACAAGGGUGAGUUGAUCGGAGGAUGUGAUAUUGUGUUGGAAUUGCAGAGCAGCAGAGAGCUCAAGUCGACUCUUUCUGAGUGAUGGUAUGGUUGUAGUACCAGUUAAUCAUAUUUCCCUUUGCUUUCGGAAUUCACUGGACAUGUGAAGGAUCCUAUAAUGUGCCUUUACCAUAUGCUUCCAGUUCAUAUCUAAUACCUUCAGUUUUCCUGAUGUUUGCUCAUGUAUUUAUGGUUUGCAUUGGUCCAAACUUUUUAGCUAAAGAACUUAAUUAAACGAGAUGUUACAUCUAUAUAUAGUUUCUGUUGUGUAUUUCUUGUUAGACAAAUCCUGUUUUGUGAUGGGGGUAUUCGAAUUUUGGGCUUUCAAUAUUUUAUCAAAAUAUUUAAUGUCUGAUUCAAUUGCUCCGA